AGUUGAAGUCAAAAUCAUGAUUUUGAAGAAUAAUAUUAAUACAAUGAAAAUUAAUUAUUAAAUAUAAAAUAACUUUUUAUAUAAAUUAAAAAAUAGCUCAUAUGGGAAGUAAUAUUAAUAAUUUUUAUAUUUUUUUUUUUUUAAUUUUAAGUUAGAAAAUUUUGACAUGUAUUAAUAAAUAUAUAAGAAGCCAAUUCAGGAGGAUGCAUUUUUAAAUUUUGUUUUUUAUGGGUAAGGAUGAUGUUUUUCUAAAUUCCAAAGGACUUUUCGAAUUAAAUGAAAAAAUAAAUAAAUUUAAUUAAAAUAUAUACAAUAAAUAUUCUUACUUUUAUAAGCUGAAAUGGUAAAGAGCUUACGUGGAAUUGGAUAUUAUAUUUUUGUUUUCAACAAAAUAUUAUGUAAAUAUUCUUUAAGUUUAUUAAUUAAUACAAUAAAGAUUCUUUUUUCCUUCAAAUAUGUCUCUUAAAAAGUUAAAAUUUUUAUUAGGCUCUGGCCCAGACCUCAAUGGCUAAAAAGUUUAAAUCAAUUGGCUAAAAUGGAGAGGUUGACCCAUGAACUCUGGCCCAGGCCUCAUUGGGCCUUUGAGAUCCGGCCCGAAAACUCAGCCCUCUAAACCUCUCUCACGGAGAGACACAGAGCAGAGCGAAAUGUAUCUGAAGAAAGCAUUAUGGAGCGAGUCUAUGGCGACGCCGGAGUCCGACCAGAAGGCGCCGUAUCCGGCGACGGCUGUCGGAGAUCUGGUGACGUCGCUGAAUAGGCAGAGACUGUACAGAGAGGUGACGCUCGCUCUCCGAACCGGACUCAGAGAGGCACGUGCCGAGUUCUCAUUUCUCCGAGUUCGUGGCCUUCGAAGCAUUCUCAAGUUUCUCCGUUCGGUCGCCGAGUCCGAUUCGACGAUCAAUCUCUUCUGCCACAGCCAAUCUAUACCUGAGCUCCAAGUGGUUCCUGUUCUCUUUCAAAAUUCAUUAAAACAGUAUGAGGAAGACACCGUAGCAAAUUUAGAUCAUAUAUUUGGUGUAGAACCGAUGAAGAUAAGUAGUCCUUCAACAGAUGCUGAAGUUGCACUUGCACUUCGGGUUUUGGAAGGAUGUUGUCUGCUACACAGGGAAAGUACAAUUUUCGCUCAUCAACAUAAAGCAAUUGAGAUUUUGAUGGAUAUAUUGUCAACUCGAGGGGUACUUGAGCAGGGUGCAUGCUUGGAUGCUUUAAUCUCAAUAAUGUUGGAUUCAUCAGCAAAUCAAAUGGAUUUUGAGUCAUGUGAUGGUAUUGAGGAAGUUGCACAUAUCAUCAGGGACAAACAAGUUGAUGAAAACCUAAGGAUGAAAUGUGGAGAGUUCCUGCUGCUACUAAUUGGACAUGUAAACGGGAGGGAAAGGCCUCCAUUGGCUAGAAUACAUGAAGAUGUAAGGAGACUUCUGGGUGAGAAAUCUGCCUCCUUGAUAUGGGCAGCCAGUCAAUUUGGGUCUACCCUUGAUCCCGAGCAGAGGCUGACAGCUCUGCACAUCCAAGCUCGAAGAGUGCUAGAAUCACUGGACCUGUACUGAAUCAAAACAUAGGUGCUCAGUUUCACAUUUCUGGUACUUAACAGGCAUUUUUGCAUUGUUGUCUUGCAAGUAGGAAGUGUUCCAUCGAGCUUUUAUUUGUUCUGUCUAUUAACCAUUAUUUAUCAGAGUAAUGGUUCAACAUGACACUGGAGAAAACUUAUGCUUUCAAGUUGUACAAAUAUGAUACAUAGCUUCGAAUCUCAUGCUAUAUUCUUACAAUUAUAUACGUGUUCUAACCCUGUUCUCA